AAAAAAAAUUUUGGGUUUUAUCCUCAAUCAAGUCCUUGGGAAAUUCCGUUGGUCCUUGAGAAAGGCAUGAUUCUUUUUUAAAGUUAUAAUCACGAACGCUUGUCUAACGACCAAUAAAAAAUUUCAGUCCAACAUCUAUUACAGGAACUGCAUUGAAAUGCCACCUGUUCGGCAGUGACCUUGUUAUUAUUUUCCAAAUCUCUUGUUGGGAAUUAUAAAUUGGUGAUGAACUAAUGAAAAUACAUAAAGUAGUUAUUGAUAAUCAUAAAUCGGCUUUGCUUACCAAACGCGCGCGCGCCCGUUUGGUAACCUCUCCAAGUAUCUUGGAUUAGCAUUUUACAUGUAAAAUUAAAUUAAAUAUUACAAAAUUUAAAUUUGUAGAACUUAAUGGGCGAUAUUUUAUUUCUUUAUUUGUAAAUUUAUCAUUAACCUCUAUUAGUGAAAUAAAAUCUAGAUCGUUAAUGUCUAACUAAACACGAGUUCACAUAUUUGUUACGUGCAGUAUGGAUUUAUCAGUGACCUUUACUUGGUUUUCCGACUAUUUAUUUUAAUUGCUUUUUUUUAUAAUCCUUUUUGUCUCGUCUUCCGAAUGCUUGUUGUUUUUAAUAUUCCAAAUAUCUCUAACCAGAAGCACAUUUCACUCGUCAUAUUCGUUGAUAUUGAAGCAAGUAUAUCAAAACAAUCUCUUUUUAUUUAUGGAUGUUUCGUCCCUAUCUUUUCGCUCAUUCGUCAGAAAAGAUAGCUGUAUUGAAGGUCUUAGCACGCUUCACUGAAGGGAGGGGGGAAAAAGUGUUUUGAUUAUAUAUUUUGCCUGUCCUAUCCGCAACUUAAGUAUUCGUUUCGUUGCGCAUCACUGCUCAGAGUGAAAGAACUGCUACGGUUUCUUUUCAUUUAGAGUUCAGUCGAAGUGUGGAUUAGGUUCAGUCCGUCUGUGUUUGUUGUUCGUCUUUAAGUGUUAAUAUUGUCAUGACAAUAGGAAUAAUAUUAAAUUUCUGCUUAAUAAACAAAACGAAUAAGUCUAAGUCCCCAGCGCCAGCGGAUGAAACUCACUCCCGACAAGCAAGCGUGGAAGAUGAUGAGGAUGGACACCUAGUGUAUAGGAGCGGGGACAUACUUCAGGAUCGAUAUAAAAUUCUUUCCACUCUUGGUGAAGGAACUUUUGGAAAAGUUGUGAAAGUUAUUGAUUUGAAUAAUGAGGAUCCAGACAAUAGAGCAGCUAUUAAAAUUAUUAAAAAUGUUGAGAAAUACAGAGAUGCUGCUAAAUUGGAAAUCAAUGUUUUGGAAAAGUUAGCAGAUGUAGACCCUGAAUGCAAACAUUUAUGUGUAAAAAUGUUGGACUGGUUCGACUAUCAUGGCCAUGUGUGCAUUGUUUUUGAGCUUCUUGGACGAAGUGUAUUUGACUUCCUGAAAAAUAAUAAUUAUUUCCCUUAUCCUUUGGACCAAGUUAGGCAUAUGGGUUAUCAACUUUGUUAUGCUGUUAAAUUUCUUCAUGACUUCCAGCUUACGCAUACUGAUCUUAAACCAGAAAAUAUCCUCUUUGAAGAUUCUUCAUCAGAAUUAGUAUACAAUAAGAAAAAGAGAAGAAAUGUGCGCCAGGUGAUUAAUUCCAAUAUCAGAUUAAUUGAUUUUGGGUCCGCUACUUUUGAUCAUGAACAUCAUAGCACAAUUGUGUCUACUAGACAUUACAGAGCUCCUGAAGUUAUAUUAGAACUUGGGUGGUCUCAGCCAUGUGAUGUAUGGAGCAUAGGAUGUAUUUUGUUUGAGAUGUAUCUUGGAAUUACUCUUUUUCAGACACAUGAUAACAGAGAGCAUCUUGCUAUGAUGGAAAGAAUUUUAGGACCUCUGCCUUAUCGAAUGUGCCGUAAAACUAAGACAAAAUAUUUCUAUCAUGGAAGGCUUGAUUGGGAUCACAAGAGUUCAGCUGGUCGAUAUGUUAGAGAAAACUGCAAAUCCUUGAAGAGGUACAUACCAGUUGAUGAUGAAGAUCACAGGGUUUUGUAUGAACUGAUUUCUAGAAUGUUAGAAUAUGAACCUUCUCAGAGAAUUACUCUAGCAGAAGCAUUGGACCAUCCUUUCUUUGAAAAAUUGCCAGCAGAACAGAAAUUGCACAAAUUGAAUCAGCAAAAGGAAGGCAGUAAGGAGCGAUCUCAUAGUCUGAGCAGAUGACUAGCCGUUGAUGCUGAUUGAAAUGAAUGUCUUCAGUACCUGUGUCACAUUUUUGCCAUUGUUAGACUGCAGUGCCUGUGUUGAAUUUAGAUCAGAAGUCAGUUUUCAUAAAAGCUCAAAAUAUUGAUGACCAGAUUGGCUUUUCUUCAAGGAGUUGAUAUUUCAAUUUACUUCCACAAGGCCUUGAUUACAUACUUAUCUGAUUUAAACUUUCAAAGAUUUAUUUCUGAUACAUUGUUAACCAGAUUUUCAUUGUUGAGGUAUUUGAAUUGUUAUACCUGCCUGUACUAAAAGCUAUCGACAUUGAAGCCUGGAGUGCUUCUUGCCGUGGAGUGGCUGGCGUGUGAUGCGUAUUGAAGUUGUAUAUUUGUGAAUAUGUGAAUAAUUGUGGAUGUAUAUAUGUCAGUUAGUGUUUAAGUUAAGUCACUCAUUUAUGAUGCUCAUUGACUAUCUCUUAUCAUUAUAGCUAUGCAAUUCAUAAUUUCUCUCUUCUGUCAAUUUAUUGGAUAUACCUUAACAUUCUCUAUUUUAAAAUUUUAUAUUUUCUAUGAUAGUAAGUAAACACUAUGAUAAAGGUAUAGUUUAUUAAAUAAAGAUGUUGUGCCUCAA